ACUACCAGGGAUUAUUUUAUUAACUGAUUUCUCCUUUAGUCUUGUUGUUUUGUUAGUUACAUGGAUGUGGAAACAUGAUGUCUGUAUUGUCAAAACUGAUCUAAAAUCUUUUACUUAUCUCUUGGUGCAGUUAUAGCCAGGCUUGUCCUGAAUUUUAUAGACCAUUUUAUUUACCUUAAUUAGCAUGAAUGGUUAGACAAAGAAUGUUUCCAAGAUACAAAUUCAAGCAUUUAAAUAAAAAAAAAAGACAGUUGAUGCUCAAAAAAGCGUUUACUACGUUGUCAUGUAUGGUCUACGAAGUCACACGUUCACUUCGCUGAGUAACAUUUUCCUGACACAUUUAUAAUUGUUAGAAACAAAUCAAUAGCAUUAGUGCACGGUAUACCUUCUUUAUUUUACUGAGACAUUUAUAAAUGUAAUUACUGGAAAAUGUUUAAACAAAAGACUUUGUCCUUUCCACAUCAGGCAGUUUCUGAAAAUGUUUAAUAUUGAUCAGUCAAGAGGCAAAAGACGAACCAACAAUCGCAUGGGGACGUUGACGGUCUCACAGUAGUCUAUGCAUAAUUACUGUUAUGAUGAAAAUUUUAAAUGUUGUAAAAGGAACUGCUGUCAAAUGAGUUAAAGAAAAACAGAGAUCACAAUUCCAAGUGCUUACAGCUGAUAUAUUUCAUUAAUCUUCAGGGAUAUGAAACUGUUAGUGGUGAAACACAUUAGCUAGUUAUCUUAGCUAGUAAAAUGAGCUGUUAGUAUGCCAUUUGGAAAGCCUACAAUUUACCUUCUUCAUUGUAAAUUACAGCUUCAAUACGGGCCAAUGAAGCAGACCCCCAAAAAGCAUGCCAGUUGUUCAAAGAAAACCUGGAUGAAUAAAGAAGAGCUGAUGAACAGGUUUCUCUGAAAGCCCAGGCCGUUCUCACAGUCGACAUGUCUGAUGCAGAAGAACAAUGGGACAGUGUGAUCACUGCGUUUUAUAAGCAGAACAUGAACUGGGGAUCUCCAUUUAAGUGCAGGCUGAGAAAACAUUCUAAUCGUUUUUCUGGUGAUGACCUGAAUUGAAUUGUUGCUGUUUCAACGGUUGAUUUCAUGUUCUUUAACACCUAUAUAUUUAUUACACUCCGUAGUUAGCGCAGUAGCCAUGCUUUAUGCUGCUUUACCCUUUUGAUUGUUCUGUUCAGGCAUUUCUUCCCUCUGCCCCAAUGGGGAUGCUGCAGUGGCUGAAGACAUGCUAUGUCCAUGGCCAUGCAGAAAACUGGCUUCAUUUUCAAUUUAGGUUUGUCUUUAUGACUGACUGAGUGUGCCAUCCGGGUUUACAUGUGAAAACUUUUUUAAUUGCAUUUGGCUUUUCAAUUUCCUAAACUGAAGGGACAGAACUUUGAGUAUUUUGCCACUUUUCCACUGGCUCUCCUGGACCCGGUUCCGCUGCCGUUUUUUCCAGCCAGGUUCUUGAUUUUUCGGUCCCUGCUCUGAGAAGGGUCUGUAAGUGCCGAAUUGGGGGUUGCAAGCUUUGCACCUCUUCACUGAUUGGUCAUGGGCGUGGUCAGAUCCAAGCAUAAAGAGAAGAAAAACGGCCUUUUCUCAAACUCGUAGCAAGAAGAGAGAGAGUAGCAAUGGAGUCGUCCCAACCUACGUGUAAUCCGUGCAGCAAUGAGGUGCAGACUUUUCUGUCAAUUACUGAGGACUGCAAUAUUCAACACCAGCUAGAUGAAGCGACUGGAAACGAAAAUGUUUUUGUUGAGGUAGCGGAAAGGAUGACCGGCGCUGGAUAUCACAGAACGUCCCAACAGUGCUGGGAAAAGGUGGAAAAGCUAAAAACCGACUACAAAAAUAUGAAAGACGACAACGGGCAGAGGGGGUCCAACCAAAACUGGAGGCAGCGGUUCGACCUAAUGGACGAUAUUCAUGGCCAUCGCCCUGCAAGUUGUGGAGAGGAUGAAAGCGUGGACAGCGACACCUCGCUGCUGGAGGACAUCUGCAACGGAUCUCUCCCCUGUGGUGCAGAGACUGAAACCGAUGCGGACGAUUUCCCGUCAUUUCUUUCGGAUCCCAGUUCUUCCAGCACCUCUACUUCCUCAGAUGCUCCUCCCAGCGCUGGCUGGACACCGCUGCCGUCCAGCCAGCGCCGCCGCUCCAGCCAGCGCUGCCGCUCCGGGAAGAGACGAAGAAGUGGGGGCGUGUCAGACGUGAAUGAGGAAGUGGAGAACCGGCAGCAGCGUGAGCGGCACCACAGCUCAUGGAUGGAAAUCCUCCGGGAAGAAGCGGCCAUCCGAAGAGAGGAAGCGGCCACUAAUCGCCAGAUGGUUGCCCUCCGUAGAGAGGAGCUGAGACAGGCGUCCCAUUUCUACACGGCCUGCCUUGGCCUGCUGGGGGACAUGGUUGCAAUCCUAAGGGAGCGACAAGACGGACAGCAUUCAACUGUAAAUGUUGAUAAUGAUGCCAAGGAAAAUGCCGACAUUUAAAAGUGAAGAAUAAAUGCUGUGCUUCAAAU